UCUGUUGUCGUCGUUUCUGCGUUGUUGUAGGCUCUGUGAUUUUCUUACGUCGUCGACAGAUUCAAAAUCGCUACCUUUGAGAACUAGGUUUACAGUUUCUUCUAUAAUGUCGAAGAUCACGCAUACUGGCUACGGCACUAUCCCGUCUUCUGGAGCCUCAACUUCGAACUCGAUCCCUACCCCGUCUUUUGGAGCCUCCAAUUUGAACUCUGGGGUCGAUUUAAUCUCUCGGGCAAAGGAAAGGGGAAGAUCAAUCAUAGCUACGCAGCGUCCAUGGAGAGAGCUCGCAGAUGUAUUUGCUUUUGUCCGCCCGUACAGCUAUGGCGAAGCGAUGGUCCGUAUCAAGCGCAAUGCCAAUUACUUCCGUGUCAAUUACGCCUUCAUCAUGUUGUUGAUACUGUUCUUGAGUCUUCUAUGGCAUCCGGUUUCGAUGAUAGUCUUCUUGAUUGUGUUUGUCGCUUGGUUCUACCUUUACUUUUUCCGUGAUGAGCCGUUGGUGGUAUUUAACCGGACGUUUGACGAUCGAGUGGUUCUGAUUGUAUUGAGUUUGGUUACGAUUGUUGCCCUGGUUCUGACUCAUGUGGGAUUAAAUGUCUUGGUUUCGCUUAUUAUUGGAACUGUGAUUGUUGGUCUGCAUGCUGCCUUUAGGAUUACCGACGAUCAGUUUCUGGACGAGCAGGAAGUCGCCGGUGGAGGAUUGCUUUCUGUUGUUGGAAGUCCUACUCCGAUGAGACCAACUUACGGUCGUGUUUGAGUCGGAUGACUGGUCCUUUGUAUUGUGCACUGGUGAUUAGGAUGUUGUGUGGUGAUUGGGUAAUCGGAAUUGUGAUUUGAGCAAGUGCCAUUGAGUUUCGAUUUUCGAUCUGUGGGUUGACUACUUUAACAGUGCUGCUGUAGAGGGUUUGGGCACAAAGAAGUGGGAUUCUCUUCGUGGAUUUCUUUUGUUUUUAUUACCGGAAGGUACAUCAUGGAGGAAUUGAUUGUAAAUGUUCGAUUCUAGCUUCCUGUAGAGCAGGUCAGGUUACAUUUUACUUGAUCUUGUAUUUGUUCUUUCUUUUUCCCAGUCGAGUUUGGGCUUUGACGUGGUCCUUUGAAUCUCUUUGUAAGUGCUACACUGCAAAUUGGCAUUAUUUUAGU